AUGGCUUUCACACUCGAUAAGAAUUUGUUGAGCCAGCUUGAGGCCGCUUGGAAUGGCGGAGAUAAACCGCUCGACACAUUGGCCGGUCUUCUGGAAAGAAUCGGUGAUGGCGUCAGAGAUCCCAGUUUACGAAAUCCUCUCAGAGAGUCCGGCAUCCUAGACUUCGUCUUGAAAGUCUUACCAACAGAAGAGCUGGAUCUGAGCUUGAAGCGUCAAUGUUUGCGUGUGCUUGGAAAUGGAUGUGCCGAUUGCGAUGAGAACAGAGCCAAGCUGGUUGAGUCUGGUCAACUUCGUACUGUCAUCCGCUUUUUGAACGACAGGUCUCUUCUUCCUUUGUUGUUGCCCGUUUUAUACAACGUCAUUGUUGAUUAUGAGCCGGCACAACUUCAGGUGUGUGAAGCAGGGCUAAGCAAAGCUCUUGUAGCUCUGUUGCAAGAGGGUUCCCUUCAGCCGGGAGGAGAUCACGACCAAGUUCUCCAUCUCAUCAACAACAUCUUCGAGUUACUGGUGUCUCAGAAACCCGAACCCGAACUUGCCGACCCCUCCACCCCCGCCGUCUUCCUCGCUCUCGCCGGCGGCUCCCCCUCCGGCCUUCCCUCCCUCGAGCUCUUCAACGGCUUCUGCACCGUCGCCCUCGCCUACCUAACUUACGAAUCCCUCCAACCCGCCUUCCUCUCUUCAGCCUCCAACAUCCUCCACCUCCAACAAGCCUUCUACAACGCGUGCUUCUCGUAUGAGAACUUACCCGAACCCGACCUGGACGACCUCGACCAGCUCAAGACCGUCUGCACGACCUUUGUCACUUUGCUAGCUGACCUGUCCGCGCACCCUUCCUUCUCCGAGCUCUACCCGAUCUCCUCCAGCCCCGUAUCCCGCAAGUUCCUCCUCUGGCUAUCCUCCGCAGAAUUCGCAAACCAACACCUCCGCACCGCCGCCUGCCUAUGUCUCGGCAACUUGUCUCGCUCCGACGAAGCCAGCACCGCGCUCGUCGCGGACCCUGAGUUCCACGUGCACACCCACCUGGCUUCCCUCCUCGCGCAAGCGCUCGACCCUUCCAACACCUCCGUCCCUGCCACCCCGCAGCUGUUGCACGCCAUUCUUUCGUUCGCCAAGAACUUGGCCAUCCCGCAGGGCAACAAGAUCCCGAUAGGCGAAGCCUUCCUGCCGGAUUUGCUUGCGGGCGCGUGGAUCAAGACGGCGGUGCAGCCGCAGGUGCAAUUCGCUGCUGUUUCGCUUGCGAGGCUGUUGUUGGUGAAUGCGCCCGGCAACGUCGCCAAGCUAUGUAAGCCCUUGGCGGCGGACUUCAAGCAUACGGAAAAGGAAGAGGUCAGGAGCUACUUCCAUUUACUGAUGACGCUUGGCGCGAGAUCGGAUCUGGAGCCGACCAAGAUCGAGACGGCGAGGGGGGUGAUGAGUGUGGUCAGAGCAUUGCAGGCUACUACUGCCCAGGAGGGAGAGGACAAGGUCGAAGUUCUGGAUGAGAAGGACUGGGGCACAACUCGCGAGGAGUUUUAUGAGGAGCAUGGCCCGUUGAUUGCGAGGCACUUGGCGCAUCUCCUUGCGCAGGGGAAGUACCCGGCUUUGAGGUCGGAGGUGUUAUUUGUGCUGGCGUUGCUUGCGCGAUCGACGGAUGGAGGAGCCAAUGUUGUGUUGAGGGUGUUGAACGAGGGGACGGAGGCGGUCAAGAAGUUGGCGGUGGCGGUUACGGGAAGUGAGGAGGUUGCUGCUGGGUUGGAGAGCGAGAGUGGUGAUAGUGGAAGGAUUGAGGAGAUUAAGGAUGAGAAGGAGGAGGAUAAGCCAGCUGAGGUGACGUCCAUCAUGGAAGGACUGAACCUCAACCCUCAACAGGCUGAGACCAAGCCAUCGGCUGCUGCUACGGCUAAAGACCGCGAGAACGGAUUGGUGUUGGUUGCGGAGAUUCUGAGAAAUCACUCCAAGGAACUGAAGGGGCCGAGAAAGGAUGUGUUUGAGGAGAUCUUGAAGAAAGGAACCGAGUUGUUGCAGGAGGACAGGAAGGGAAACUAG